AUGUUUCACUCCUCGAAGCCAUACACCGCCGUGACGGUGCAAAUCGAAGUACUCACUAGCGAACAAUACGAUGUCGAAGACUCCAGCGGAAUUGUCGACCUGAUCGAAGCUAUCCGCAUACAAGCUAGUGGACCGCGGGAAGCCAGUCGUGCGCUGCGCAAGAAGCUCAAGUAUGGCAAUCUCCACCGCCAACUACGAGCCCUCACGAUCCUCGAUUUCUUGAUACAGAACACCGGCGAUCGGUUCCUGCGCGAAUUCGCGGACGAGCCCUUGCUGGAACGGUUGCGCAUCGCUGCCACCGACCCAGUCUCUGAUCCCCUGGUCAAACAGAAAUGCAAGCAGUUGUUCGGACAAUGGGCCGCAUCAUACAAGGACACCCCCGGCAUGGAGCGGGUGACGGCGCUCUAUCGCCAGUUGCCCAAACGCAAGCAGCCGGCUACCCAGGCGAAGGCCAAAGUGCUGCGCGACUCGGCCACAACCGACGAGCCCGUCAUGGGACAUACGGUGUCGGUCUCCGCCGGCAACGGGCCCGCGACCGUCCUCAGCGGACCGAAACACAAGCACACAUCCAGCCGUUCCUCGCGCAAGGAGAAGAAGGAGAAGAGGACGCUCAGCCGCAGUUUCAGCCUGGACAAGGAGAAGCCGGACAUUUUGCAGACGCUGGCGUCCUCCUCGGUCGCCAGUACGAACCUUCUCAACGCGCUCAAGUUGGUCAACCGCGAGACACACCGGGUCAGCGAAGACGCAGAGGUUCUCAACCGGUUUGAGACCUGCAAGACGCUCCGGCGCCAGAUCCUGCGGUACAUCCAGCACGUCGAAAGCGAGGAGUACCUAGGCAGCCUAAUCCAUGCUAACGAGGAGCUCGUCACGGCGCUGAUGGCCUUUGAGGUCCUGGACAAGAGCGUUGACUACGACAGUGACAGCGACCAAGACGUGAUUGAGAGCGGCUGGACCCCGGACCGCGACGACCUCCCCGAGUCCUUCGCCGGGUUGACUGUCAACCCGCCUAAGCCUCCGCGUCCGCCCCGGCCGCUCAGCUUAUCCGUGCCUUCCUCCUCGUCGAGACACAAGACGUACAGUGAUAGUGAAUCCGAGACUGACGAGGACGACGACGAGAACAAUCCGUUUGGGGACCGGAAUGAAAUCCGGACCCCUGCGUAUGAGAGAAGUGAACCUAUCUGGAAAGAAGUUUGA